AGUGUACCUGGGAAACACCGUGCAGUGCGGAUGUGUGUGUGUGUCCUCUUUUCAUUUAAACACCAGGGAACGGGACCACAGAGGCACAGGAGGUCAAUUAAGCUGUUUUCAUGCAUAGAGAAGAAUAGAAAGAGGAGGAAAGAAGGAGAAAUGAAGAAGAAGGAGGAGGAAAAAGAAGAAGGAAAGGAAGGAGGAAGAGGAGAAGGAAAAGAAGAAAUAUUAAGAAGACAAUAUUUUCACUGAAUUUCCAGCGUUUUAAAGAGGAGGAAGAGGAAGAAAGGAGGAUGAGGGUGAGGAAGACGAGGAAGAGGAAGAGGAUUAAAUUUAUUGCAUUUUUCUUAGACAGUCCUCAGGAUGUCAACAUUGUAUAAUGGUACAGUGUUGAGACAGGGACGGUCGCGUUAUAAUUCACUAAUUGAGGUUACUUUUGAUAAAUAAACAACUAGUACGGAGUCUUUUAAGUAUUUUACAUUAUCUUAUACCGGAAAAUAUUAAGGAAAAGUGGCGUAAAUAAGAAAAAAAAGGCAAAGAUUAGAGAUGUGGGAUUUUAUAACUUGUGGUAUCUUAAAAUGCUAGUAUAAGAUAAACCCUAUGCAAAACGAAUAAUAUAACCUUUAUUAAUCAUCAUAACCUAGAAAACCGAUAAAUAUAUAUAUAAAAACCAGUGUAAUUAGUAAAAAACAAAAAAACUGUCCCUGGGAAGUGAGACGGCCCACAGAGUCGCGCCAAAAACGUGGAUCUACAGGCCAGGCAUCUUAUGUUUAACCAGGUGUACAAGGUGCUGGCUUUCAAGGGCCCCUCCACACCUACAGACACACGCACACACCACCAGAUACAGGAAGAAUUAAUUGAUGAGCUACAGAACUACAGCAUCGUUCAGGUGGCAGCCGGAGACCAGCACUCUCUUGCUCUCACCUCCUGGGGCCUGAUCUACGCACGGGGUGACAAUGGGUACGGUGAGCUUGGCGUCAACUCCUGCGACAGUCACACCGCCACACGCAAGCUUGUCAAGAGUCUGGCCAGGAAGGUGACAGUGCAGCUGGCCUGUGGCGUCAACCACACCCUUGCCUUGACUGCUGAUGGUGACAAAAUACCUUGGGCCAGUUGGCACUUAGACACUGACAGGGGCCCCAGAAGGACCCUGCCCUGGUGACCUCCUUGGCUGGCACCCCCUUAGUCCUGCUGGCCGCUGCGGGUCACCACUCUGCUGCCAUGACCCAGGCCGGCUACCUGCUGUUGUGGGGGUCAAACAAGCAGGGUCAACUGGGCUAUACUCACAAGGGUGAUCCUCUUGUUAGCGUUGGUGCCGAAUUUUGCCUCUUAUUCUGAACCAAUUGGGUAUGUGGCACUUGGAGAGAGCCACACAGCGGCACUCGACUCUUUAGGGAAGGCUCCUCCUUGGCCAAUCAGCACCGAGGCAGAGUUGAUUGAUAUACUGGUGUGAAUUCAGCUGCCUCCUCGCUGUUCCCGUUGCCAGGAUACCAUGUGAUCGAGGCAGUGUUGGGGAAGGUGAAAUUAUGCAUCAGGUGUGACGUGUGCUGCUUCACUCCAUCCCAUGAACAGUUGCCCACAGCAAUCUCUACCACAUCAGGCCUGACAUACUUCAUUGUGAUCAGGGAGUCGAGUUUCAUCAGGAAGAGAGGCUGUGUCACUACCUGUAAGCCUGACGAGGUGUUAGUUAAGUCAAGGAGCGUCAUCAGGAAGAGGGGCUGAGUCUUGCUUCCUGUAAGCCUGACAAGAGGAGUCAAGGAAUUUUUCAUUGCAAUCAAGGAAGAGUCAAGUUGUAAGAAGAUUGUAAGGCAAGAAUUUUAAGCAGGAAUAAUUGUCAAGCAGUCAACAGCAGGAAGAAUGCAGCGAGAAAAGGCUACAAGAGUUUUCAAGUAAGAAGAUUGUAAGGCAAGAAUUUUAAGCAGGAAAAAGUAAGGUAAGAAUUUUAAGGAAUAAUUGUCAAGCAGUCAACAGCAGGAAGAAUGCAGCGAGAAAAGGGUACAAGAGUUUUCAAGUAAGAAGAUUGUAAGGCAAGAAUUUUGAGCAGGAAGGAUAUUGUUAUGCAGUUUAGCAGCAGGAAGUGUCCCUUCAAGCUGUUGGUGGGAGUGACAAGCAUCCUUCAGGACUUGCAAAGGCUGAAGUCCUCAACACUAGUCUCACUCAAGUUGACACAGGAGCUCUCUGACACAAGGAAAACAAAUCAUUUAUCCUAUUGUGUAUUUAUUAAACUUUUGUGAUUAAACAAUAUAUAUAUUAUUAUCUUGUACAUACUUAGGGAAUGAUUAAACAAUAAUGAUUUAUUAAACAA